GAAAUCUAUCUAAUCCAUCACAGGACUACCAAACUGAAUACAAAUCAAUAAUGAGUGGAUAUACGGUUUUAAUUGUAUUCAUCAUAACUGUUGGUUUAUCAUGUUGUGCUUGGGUAUUUGCUCCUAAGGAAAACACCACAGUAUUUAGAUCAUCUGUCAUAUUAGGAAUGGCCAUGUGUUACUUGAUGUGGGCAAUCACAUACUUGGCUCAGUUACAUCCAUUGGAAGCACCAAGAAGAUCAGAUUUAAGACCUGAAAAAGAGUGAUUGGGUGUAGAUAUGAACGUUACGGAUGUGUAAAUUAACAAACAUUCAAUAUACUUUGUUGUGUUGUCUCUCAAUUUCAAAGGACAAUUGCUGCCAAAAAACAAAAUUCAAAAAAAGAAAAUAAUAGAAACUUAUUCCAUUCCAAAGGCAUCUUGGGUGAAAGGGGUUGUUUUACAUAUAUAUACAUAUCGAUUUCCAUAGUUUAGUUCUUGUCAUUUUGUUAUAUAUUCUAGUAUCCAUAGUGGUGAAAGCCAGUGGUUAUACCACUUUAUUGUAAGUCUCACCUUAACAGAUAUUAACUACCUUAGAACCACAUUUAGAAAUAAUAUAUGUAUUUGUACAAGUUUAG